AUGCUCCCCAGAGCGGCUUUGGUGGCUCUCUUCUGGGCUAGUGCCCAGGUUACUGCACAUAGCGAUGGCGGCUCCAGCACAAGUUCGAGCCGUAACGUCGCUUCCAACUUGAAAGAGUACUGUUUUUACUCGAUAUAUACCAGUUUAUCUGCAUACACCUUCGAAGGCAGUGUGACCGUCCAGUCCGCCAAAACUUCGUCUCAUUCUCAUGGGGGUUCCUCAUCUUCCUCACAUGGAUCGUCGGAUGCUUCCUCCACUGAGACAUCUGAGACCCAUUCACACGGAUCAUCUGAAUCUUCCUCCGCCGUAUCCCCCGACUCCUCUUCUGUAGCUCACACGCACGGAUCAUCCAAUUCUUCCUCCACUGAAUCAUCUGAUUCUUCCUACUCGGGAUACACGCAUGGCUCGUCCGAUUCUUCCUCCACUGAAUCGUCUGAUUCUACCUCUGGGACACACACUCAUAGAUCAUCGCGACGAAGUGUGAGCGUUGCAAAGCGCGCCCAUGGUGGUGGCUCAUAUGGCUCAUACUCUACCGGACCAUGCAACAGCACCGUGGAAGUAACUUCCAUGUAUGCGAGCGCUAAGGCCUGGUGUUCCGAGAAAGACUUCAAAGCUGUGGUCCCAUACUGGCAAAGUCUUUGCGCAAAGAACAGCAUGGAACUCAUGAACCUGGCUUCAAUUGAACCCCUAUUGACGGAUGAUUACAUCAACUCACUUCCUCAAAUUGACCCAGAGAACAAUGUGACCACCUAUGGGACCAUCUACUCGCCUGUGCUGCUGACUGAAGAAUACUACAAAAGAGCCUACAAAUCUUACGUGAGCCAUGACUAUGCUAUGCCAAAAAACAAGCGAUAUGGAUGGGGAAUUAUUGGCUACUGGGGAGCUGUACUAGUUUUGGGCAUGAUUUCCAAGGCAUGGGCAGUCUUCUUCAGCAGACGGAGUGUACAUGGUGCUUGCGAUCCUGAGACUCGCCCUAGUCUGCAGAGUAAGAAAGGUCCUCUUACUUCUCUGUUCCAUUCCUUGCGCACCCAUAUCGUUAUGCCAGCCACCUUUGCCCCAGCCAUCUCCAAUCACCAGCAACUCUGGCUGUCACACGCUCUUCCAAAGAGAGUCGAUACUUUGAUUGUGCUUGGCUUUUGGAUUGUCAGUAUCGUUUUGAGUUGUGUGGGUUAUGACAGUUUCACAGGCAGUCUUUCUGUUCAGUCAUUUACAAUGUUCCACCGCCACAUCGCUUGGGUUUGCACUAUUUUGGCCGUGGUGCAUUCUAUCAACUACAGCGUUCUCUUCGCAGAAUAUGUUGGCCGCUAUUGGAUUGCUUGGAAGGAAGAGUACUGGUAUAUGGGUGUGGUGGCUACAAUCCUUUUGUGUUUCAUGCUUGUACAGUCUAUGACAUUUUUCCAACGCCGUUGGUAUGAGACUUUCCUCAUGCUUCACAUUGUCUUCGCCAUCGUCGUGGUAGUUGCACUUUUCCAGCACACCAGCUUCAAUGGUCGCGAAUGGGUCGGAUACCUUUGGACCCCGGUUGGACUUUGGGUCCUUGAGCGGCUUGCCCGCGUCGGUCGUGUCGUAUACUGCAACCUGAACGCCCGAUUCGGAAAGCAAUUUUUGGGAACUGCUACGACCGUUACAUACAGUGAGGCAAGUGACUUGGUCAGGAUCGAAAUGGUUCCCGGAGCCGCAAGCUUGACUCCCAGACCAGGUCAGCUUUAUUAUAUCUACCAAGCAACCUGGCUCAAGGGCUGGGAAAACCACCCCUUUUCAUUGGGUGCAUGGGCACUUUCCUCCACAGCCAACAGUGAAAAAUCCGCUUCGCCCUCUCAAAAUGGGCAUAAGCUUAUCUUCUACGUCCGGCCUUACGAUGGAUGGACACGUCGUCUUCGUGAUCAAUGCCGCAAGGCAGGCGGAAUCAUUUACCCAAAGCUCCUUCUUGAGGGAGCUUAUGGCCAUUCCGAGCCAGUGUAUGCCUACAACACUCUUUUGAUCAUCGUCGGUGGAACAGGUAUUGCAGUAGCAGUGCCAUACCUCCUAGAUCACAUUGCGCGCGUUGAAGAAGGUAAGACGAAGACCACCAAAAUUCAGCUUGUGUGGUCCGUCCGACAAAAGGAGAUGUUCAACGAGGUAUUCAACGAGGAACUAGCGGAGAUCAUGCAACAUAACGACAUUACGAUCACCGUCUUCUGUACUCGACUCUCUAAAAUCACUAGUGAUUCUGAGUCCGAUGAUGUGAAUCUCUCCAAGGAACUUUCGCCUGGCGUUGCGCCGGUGAUCAAGGCAACGGGCGCGGAUUCUUCCACUAGCAACAGCAGUCUGCGGUUCAUGCCUGGUCGCCCAAAUAUCCACGAAACAGUCAUGUCUGAGGUGCAAGAAGCCCAGACUAGCUUGACUAACUUGGCUGUCUUGACUUGUGGCCCAGCUCAAAUGGCCGAUGAGUGCCGUGGAACUGUGUUUGAGGCCAUGAAAAAUGGCUUCCAGGACAUUGAGUACUUUGAAGAGGCGUUCGGGUGGUAG